UCUCUCUCUCUCUCUCUCUCUCUCUCUCUCUCUCUGGCUCGCUCCUCGGUGUGUUUCAACAUUAAGCAAAUUGAGCGAGGACGAGAUUUGUUUAUGAGAUACAUUUGGUAAAUUGGCCAGUGAAUAAAUCGUGCUCAGUGAUUGAACGAAAUGAAAAGCCGUCCUGCAAGUCGUUAAACAUGAAAAGUCACGAUAGCAUGGAAAGCAAGAUGUACAUUAGUGAGGCACAAAGUAACGGCUGCGGCCAACAACAUCAUUCAUCGCCGAAAUUCGCCUCGACGAACUCGAUACCCUCGCUGGUCGAAAGCUGCCCGUCGCUUUUCGAUCUGCCAGACUCUAAGCAACAGUCCUCGAAUAAUCCGGUGAUCCUACGUGAUCAGAAAGCCCGUCGCCAUAGUGUUCUCGAUGACCUGAAAGCCCGACGCGACAGCUUCUUCCAAAAGGCUCGACGCUCGAGCUUCUUCGAGGACAAGGAGAACAAAGAUAAGCGACGUGGUAGCGAUGGAACACCCAGGCGCGGAUCCGUGUUUUACGUCUCUCAGGACCUGUUGAGCGAGGAGGCCAUUGGUAAAAAUGCCGAGAACGGCAAGGACGACGAGCGAAAGAACGAGAGCGAGUCGCGGGAGAACGAGUCUGCGACGGUGGCGCCGCCGCCGCUGACGCCGCCGCCACCGCUACUGCCGUCGCCCGAGUUUGUCAAGAAGGGCAGGAGAAAGUCCUGGCAUCCGCUGGUCGGCAAGCCGCCCAAGGUCGACAGGAAGAGGAGAAAGGGCACGGCGACCGGUGCACCGACCAGCGAAGUAGGCAGCACCGAGGGACUUUACAACGCGCGCCAGAAGAGACCCUCAUGGUGGAACAUCUUCGUGCCAGAUUCGGUUAACAGGUCCCGGCGAAUGUCUCAAGAUGUGACGCACACCAGAUCGACGGAAAAUCUCACUAGCUCUUACUUCAGGAGUAAGAGCCACAGUGUAGAUCAUGGGUUCGCUGCGCCAUUCGACUUGGAUUCACUUCGCAACAAAGUCGAGAGUCGCUUUGAGUCUAUCGACAAACUCUCCAGAGAAUCCGAUAAUGAGAGCAAGGAUGGAUCGAGUUCGCAAGAAAAGAAGUCCGGUCGACUUUCUCAGCCAAUCAAUACCAUCUUUUAUACGGUGGGUCAGCGGGACACGUUGACGUCGGUGGCAGCGCGCUUCGACACGACGCCCUCCGAGCUGAACAAGCUCAAUCGCCUCGGCAGUACAUUCAUCUACCCGGGCCAGCAGCUCCGGGUGCCUGCGAAGGGCGAGGGCGCACCAGGAGGCGAGAAAUCCGAGUCCACGGGUUCCGAGGGGAUCCAGGAGCACGAGGAGCACGACGAGCUGCCCUCCGUGGAGAAGGAACUACUUCAUAAUCUAAAGCCAGUUUUAGCGAAACCAGGUCAUUUAGAGCGAGUGAAAACUCCUCUUGGCAAUGCUAAUGCUAUGAACGAAGAUAUACAGCCUUACAAAGAAAGAUUUUUAAAGAUCACAGUUCGUCACAUUACCGAUGGACAGGGCGUCGUUGGCGGUGUGUUGCUAGUAACCCCGAACGCGGUUAUGUUCGAUCCGAACGUCUCGGAUCCUCUGGUGAUCGAGCACGGCCCCGAGUCGUACGGCGUAAUCGCCCCAAUGGAAUUCAUUGUGAACGCGGCGAUCUACUAUGACAUCGCGCACAUGCGUGUCGGCCACGCGGAAAUCGGCCAGCCGGACAAGAAGCCCGAGAUCUACUAUAUGAAGAAGCCUGCGGUUGCGGCUAAUGGCGCCGCCUCUACCGCCGCCGCUGCUGCUACCGAUGCCGCGAGAAAAACGGCGUCAUCGGGCAAGGACGAGAACUUCCCAGAGCUGACGGUCGAGGACAGUGAGAGCGUUUGCAGUUGUGCCGAGCCCGAGGGUGACGCCUUCCCCAAAGCCUUCGAUAAGGAUCUCAUCGAUCAGACUAAUCUUUCAACUGACGAAGCUUCGACCAAAGAUAAAGAUAAAGAGAAAAAUGAUGCUUCUGCCAAAGAUGAGACUGGUGGAGGGCAGUCAAGUAGGACACUCGAAGAACGCAGGCGUUCAAUGCUCGAUCAUCAUUGGGCAGUUCCUAGCAAAGACAGGUGUUCGUUUUCCGUAGACGAUGAACAACAAGAUUCCUUAAAUUCAGAAAAAGCCGAAUCUUCAAAGUCUAAUGUCAUUCCUGAAGACGAGGAAAGUUCUCUAGUCAAACAGUCAUGCCAUGAUUCGGGAAUCGACAUUCGAGAUCCUAAUCCCCCGCUUCCAGUAGUACAGCCGAUAGUGGCGAAGAAAGUGUACUCUGAUGCUGAUAUCGUUCUAUCAUCGGAUUGGGUGCCGCCAAUCACCAUUGCGCCGACAAACGUCACGACGAGUACUUUGGACUCAGAGUCGGUAAUCAAUGGUAGGAAAAAGACCGGCUCGGUUUCCUUUAGUUUAGACAGUAACAAUGAAGAGCAAGAAAAGGAAGACGAACACAAAGAGGAUGAUAAGCAAGAAACUCGUAAGAAUAAGAUGCUAAAGCGACUUUCUUAUCCAUUGUCGUGGAUGGAAGGUUUAACUGGAGAAUCAAAAGAUGAAGAUAGCAAGACUCCAUCGGAUAAAAUAUCGAGCCUUCCAAACAGCGCCGAUAGCCAUCACUCUUCCGUAUUUAGUAAAGUUUUCUCGAGACGUUCUUCCGUUGGAGCUUUUAGCCGACAACAGCCGCUAAACUCGUCCGGGAGUAGUAGCAUCGACAGCAGCCGAGGUAGUAAAACUUCAACCGCACCACCACGUUUAGAUUAUCGCAGCAUGGUUUCCGUCGAUGAUAUGCCCGAGCUUUUCGUCAGUUUCGAUAAAUUGAUUCCGAGGCCUGCACGUUCCUGCGAGGAUCCACCAUUAUAUCUGAGACUGCGAACAGGAAGACCUAAGGACAAAAAAAUUCCCUGGUCGACUCCAAUUAUGAGCUACGGCAAGAAGAAAAUUCGACCUGAAUAUUGGUUCAGCAUACCUCGCAACAGGGUGGACGACCUCUAUAGGUUCAUCCACGCAUGGGUGCCGUCUCUCUACGGGGAAUUGGACGAGGAGCACUGGAAGGAGCUUGGCUACAUACUAUCGGACACGGACACAGAUUUGUCACCGGAGCUGGCACCGCGCGAUUCCGUCGAGGCCGGCGACACGGGCGUCGACGAGGGCAAGGACGGCGAGGGCAAGUCCGCCGAGAUAUCCGAACUGACUCGCGAGUCCUGGGAGCUGAUCAAGGCUCCGUACGUAAAACUCUACAGCAUCCUGAAGACCUCGAGCACAUCCGCUGACUCUGAGCAGAUCCAGGACCCCGAGGUACUGUCCAUGAGCGAGGAGCUUAGGCGAGCAUUGUACGCUAAUAGCGCCAUUUCCUUGGACACGGAGAUAAUAGUGCCGGACCUCGUGGGCACAACGGAGAUACUGAGCGACGAGCACAGGGAGCAAUUGUGCCGGCAUCUACCAGCAAGGGCCGAGGGUUACCUAUGGACACUCGUCUUCAGCACGAGUCAGCACGGCUUCAGCCUCAAUAGUAUGUACCGGAAGAUGGCAAAAAUCGAGAGUCCUAUUCUCCUGGUCAUCGAGGAUACGGAGGGCAACGUGUUUGGAGCCUUAACCUCGUGUUCGCUGCGAGUUAGCGAUCAUUUCUAUGGUACUGGAGAAUCUCUGCUAUUUAGGUUCACGCCGAGGUUCCAAGCUUUCAACUGGACCGGCGACAAUCUUUACUUUAUUAAGGGAAAUAAUGAAAGCCUUGCUAUUGGCGCUGGGGACGGCAAAUUCGGCUUGUGGCUGGACGGCGAUCUGUACCAGGGCCGAACCCAGUCGUGCAGCACAUACGGCAACGAGCCUCUCGCGCCCCACGAGGACUUCGUGGUGAAGACGCUGGAGUGCUGGGCUUUCAUAUAGGACACGGCUACGUUCCAGCAGGCACUGGCCGCGACGUCGCCGCAGCCCAACCUGACCUGAAGAAGCCCCGGCGCCAAUCGUCCGGCGGCUCUUU